AGUGGGGAAGAGAGAGAGAGAGAACGAAAGAGAAAGAGAGAGGGGGUGGCUGCAAAGAAAGAAUAGGAGGGUAAGCAGCUGCUACCCAGUCAAUUUUUAAUUUCCAGUCACUGAUUCUUGAUUAUACACACACGUUUUUUGUGUUUGGUGGCGGAGCAUAUCAGCCGGACAACAAAGGGACACUACCACCAUCCAAACUGCGACAAGCCCACUGAACUCCAGUGUUUUCAUUCGCAUCUGCUGUGAAGUAGUGCAUCAGUUUACACUGGAGGUCACCGUGACAGAAGCGUUAAUUGCUCGUGUGGACAGUACAGCCGUACUCGUCAGCCUUGGCCGCGAAAUGGAGAUGGAGCAUUUCGACGACCGGGACAAAGGUCAGAGGCACGGCCGGUACAGCGCAAAGAUGAACGGGGUGUCGAGCCCCACGCACAGCGCCCACUGCAGCUUGUACCGAACCCGGACCCUGAAGACUCUGAGCGCCGAGAAGAGGGCCAAGAAAGUUCGCUUCUACCGCAACGGCGACCGCUACUUCAACGGGAUUGUGUACGCCAUCUCCUCGGACAGGUUCCGGACCUUUGACGGGCUGUUGGCCGACCUGACACGCUCUUUGUCUGACAACGUCAACUUGCCCCAGGGUGUCCGGACCAUCUACACCCUGGAUGGCAGAAGGAUCUCUACUAUUGAUCAGCUGGUAGAAGGUGAAAGCUAUGUCUGCAGCUCUAUUGAGGCCUACAAAAAGCUGGAUUACACAAAGAACGUAAACCCCAAUUGGUCAGUGAAUGUUAAGGCCUCUUCCUCUUCAUCACGUGGGCCUCCGUCCCUGAGCUGUGCCAAAGCUGGUGCCCCGGAGGCCCGCGAAGGCAAGGACUUCAUCCGUCCAAAGCUGGUGACGGUGGUUCGGAGCGGAGUUAAGCCCCGCAAAGCUGUGAGGAUCUUGCUGAAUAAGAAAACAGCCCACUCCUAUGAGCAAGUUCUAACCGAUAUUACUGAUGCCAUCAAGCUCGACUCUGGGGUGGUGAAGAAGAUCUACACAUUGGAGGGCAAGCUGGUGGCAUGUCUGCAGGACUUCUUUGGUGAUGAGGACAUUUUUGUGGCCUGUGGACCAGAAAAAUUCCGUUACCACGAUGACUUGAUGUUGGAUGAGAGCGGUAAGGGAAAAGAGUGCCGCAUGAUGAAGUCAGUGACCUAUGGCAAGAUGUCGGGCUCUCUCAACCGAUGCUCCCCCAGGCCUGUCAUCCAAUCACACGCAUUUGUGAAUGGGACACCGGCCAGUCAGCUGUCCACUCCACAUUCGGGAAAAUCUCCCAGCCCCUCCCCGACCAGCCCGGGCAGCCUCAGCCGACGCCGGGAAAAGGACAAAGCUGUGACUGAGCAUAGGCCAACUUCAUCUUAGAGUAACUUGAAAAUGAAGAAACCAGCACAUCCCCUUUUAACACCUAAGAUCAGGGUUGGGAGUGGAGCUUUGAUCUCAUCCAGUGCGGCUCAUGGAAGUUCUGAAGGCUAACGUUUGGACACGUGUUAUUAGCUGGAAAAACACAUCCAUUGCAUUUGCACAUAUGCUGGCGCGUUGCUCUUUGUUCCUCUAUCAGCAAGUGUUAGCGCCGCAUCGCACGGCACCAGCACUUGCUUUUAGUUAUCUCUGGAUUUAUGAGUCAGCAGUUUGUGCAGCAUCUGAUCUGAAAAUGAGACGUGAGGAUAUAGUGUCACUUUGUCUGUACGCCCGUGCAAAGGAUUUAGAACGAAUCUUUAUACUAGUAAGAGGUAAUUAUUUCAAAUGUUUGUGAAGAUUUGUUUUACUGAUUAAAACAUUUGCCCGAAACACUUCCUAAAGAGGGGAUGAGAUGCGAUAGUAUUAUGAUCACAACUUAUAGUUACUGUGCAGAGAAAGAACAUGCAACUCAAAUGGAAAAAGUUUGAAUCAAAAAAAUACCUGGAAUUGCAGCUUCUGAUUUCAUGGGCCAGAUGUUGCAAGCUGAAGCUUUAAUUUAAGUGUGCAUGUGUUAAGAUGAGAGUUUUGGUACUACAGUGAUGAUGGUGUGCUUUUAUAUCCUCCUUCAAUGGCAAUCAGAUGUUUUUUUUUUUAUUGCACAGCAACUCUUAAAGAUAUUUGUUUGAGCAGCUUACAAUUUCUUGCAGGUUUCAGCUGUAUGAAUUAAGCUAAUAUAGUUUUCCACAAGCAAUAAGGCUACUGGUUACUCCAGGCCUUUACUUUAUGUUGUAAAUUUGAUAAAACAAAAUUCCAACCAAAUUAAGUUUUGUAUUUGUUGCUGUCUUGAUUGAAGCUCAAGGGAUUUUUGGAUAUAUAUUAAAUGUUAUCUUAAUGCGGUAUUGGUUCUGCUCUGAUGGCUUUACGUUACAUCCAGAUCAUUUGUUUUCAUCAAAGCUCACUAUUUAAAAUUCUCAGUUUUUUUUUCUUAAGGAGUCUUUCUUCAAGUCACAAAAAUUGAAAUACGUUUUAAACUCUGCCAGGGCAAGCCAAUUACAUCUUUUCAGCAUUCGUAUUUAUGCAGACUGAGACUAGCUGGUUGGCAGUUUAUUCUUCAGCCUAAUAGGUGCUGAUAAUGCGCAGGAUUGUCAGCUGUAUGUUCAAAAGAAAGAAAAAGUAAAGAGGUCAGGAUGAUUUCUCGGCAGGAGUUCAACACAGUGUUGUUGUUACACCAUGACUGCUAAACUAUCCAAAAGUUGAAUCACCUGACACAGUUGUUUUUUCUUUUUUAACUGGUUGUUGUGUGACUUGCGGCCAUCUUGGUUGGCUGUUUGUUCGGCAGCCCCUGGUAUGCAGGUGUGAUUUUUGAGUGAAAAAAGUACAGCAUAAUCUAACUGCUUUAUUUAAAACAGAAAAAGUUAGAAAUAUACCAUUACUGUUAAAAUAAUGUAAAAUUUCAAUUAUUUGAUUAUUAUUAUUAUCCAUGUCAUAUAGUUUUUAAAUUUUGAUAUAUACCCUAAAUUGUGUAUUAUACUGAAUGUUUCUUUUUCUGUCUCUGUUCUGCCCUUUUCUGACUAAGACUUGCUGCAUAAUAAGCUAACUUUAGCUGAUUAAUGAGUAGGGCUAUCUGAUCGGCUUGUAGCUUGCCAACUGUAGUUAAUGUUACAAAGCAGUCUUACUGUGAUGAGAGCAAUAGGUGGUCCUCCUUUAGUUUUCACAUCGUGACUUAUUGUGUUUUUUACAACCUGAAUUAUAUCCAAACUGCUGAAUCUUUUUGAUUUUUUUCAUUUUUAUUCAAUAAACCCUAGCUGCCAUAACAUGAUUGGGUUACCUUGACACCUCACAAACAGCUUAUAAUGACAGCACAUAAAAAAGCACCUGACUGUAGUUAUUUCAUGAGGCACAUGGGUGUAAUAAUGUAUCAUGAUUUUUUUUUUUUAAAGUUUCUCCAGAUUGUUUUAAUAGUGCAUUCACAUAAAUAAUUUAUAUACCCAUAGAUGAGCACUUAAGGAGAUUUCCAUGAAUGGAAAACAAAGACUAAAAAAAUCGUAGGUUCAGUUUUGUGCAACAUUUGAUAAGCGAUUCGAUAAAACAAGUUGUAUCCUUGAGUGGUACAGUUAUUAUCAUGCAAUACAGAGGUUGGCCGGGGCUGCGGGAACAGAUUUGGGCUGCAGCUACUGAGAACCAAGCAGCCGAGCUCAUGCAUUCGUCUGGAACUAGGUUGACAUAAAAAAAAACAGGCAGGCAAGUGCAUGCAUUACAUUAACAUUAGGAAACUCACUAAAAAACAAGCAGAGCUCUCCUAAUUUAGACAACUGCAAAAGUCUUUUUGUUUCCCCACAGAUGAUAUUCCACAGUUUUAGCGAGAAAUUGUGGGAAGUAUGUUGUCAGUUGUCAGAGCACUCCAUUCGUCACAGUAAAAGGUUACCAUUUCGUGUUUUCACAAAUGUUGGCUUGUACAUAACAAGUGUUUCUCAUAUACAUAUUUUACAAGGAACUGUGGGUUUUGGAUUUCUCUAUUUUAUGUAAAAGAAUGAUCUUUGCUUAACUGUAAAUAAAUACAGCAAAGAGAAAAAAAUAUUUUCUUUCAAACUGCACAUAAGUAAAGUGUCAGUUUUCAACUUUACUUGUAUGUUUGUGGAGACUUUAUAAGUAAGCUACCAUCUUAUUACUCAGGCAAACAGCUCAUUCUGAGAUGUGAUGGUGUACUGGACUCAUUUAAUAAGAAAACAACAGUAGAACACACAUUUUCUUACCUAAUUUAAUCACACUACUUUUUUUGCUUUAUAAAUGAGCUUUUUUGCACUUUUCACUGAAAACAACUGUUAAAUUCUUCAUCACAUCAUAUUUGAUAGCCUAUUUCAUAAAAAGAGAUUAUUCUGGGCCUCAAACACUUUAUACUGAGCCAGCAAUAGCUUGACUAGAAGGAGGAGUGGAAGCCGCUUUAGCCCAUUAUCUCUCCUCUCCUCUCUGCAGCUUCACACUCUUCAGCAAUAUUAUGUUAUAAUUCUCUCCUGUGCGCCUUACUUUUCUGGUAGAGAUUCCUUCUCUCCCCUGUGGCAGUUUUAGUUGCAGCUAUUCUCACUCCCUCACUCACUGCCAUUCUCCCGGCCCUGGGCUCAUUUGCAAGGGUGAAACUGUAUUCCACUGUUUCUUCCACAGGAGAACUGGAAAAAAGUAGGCACCAGGUUCAACGCAUUAUGCACAUAUACUCUAACAUUCUUGUCACUUUUGGUUUAAACAUAUACAUUAAGGUGAACCGAUCAGAAUUUUGAGACCAAUUCCAAUCUGCAAUUUUUGUAAAGCUUUGUACUCAACAUGCCUGUUUUAGCUGAUUUCUGAUUUAUCUUUAAGAACUGUAUGUAGGAAAUAUAUGAACAGCAUUCACAAUGUUUUUCUAACCUUUCUGAGGUAGAAAAUCAAGAUUGUACCACUACUGUAAAACAAAAACAAAACAAUCAGAGUUGAGCAACUUACAUUAAUGAUUUAAAUAAAAUAUGUGAGAUCCUAAUCUGACUCUGAGAUUUCCAAAAAGCUGGCAACAUUUCCAUAUACAGCAUGUUGCAUGACAGCCAGAUGUUAAAAGCUCUAAAGGGGAAAAAAGAGCAGCUUUGCCGUUCAGUCUUUUGGUUAUCUGCUGAAAAUCUUGCUCUCUCACUGUGGUUGAACCUUAAACACGUUGGAGAAAUAUAGUUUUUUCUAAAUAGCUUCUUACACUUUUUGUGCUUUCUCUGACCUAAAUUUUAAAUACCUCCCUUCUUCUCUCAGUAUUAGGGUUGCAAAAUAUGGGGAAUCUAGUUUUCAAAGCUGGAAAAAAUUCUUGGGAAUUAAGAGGAAUUCAUAAGAAUUAACAGGAAUACAUGUGAAUCACUGGAAACAAACCUGGAAUUUGAAAUACUGAAGGUGGUCCCUAAAAUGAACACAAAGUUGGGGGAAAUUUAUUUUUCACAUAAUCCUGAGUUUUUGUAAAUUCACUUGAGUAUACCUAUGCUAUUCAUCAGUCACAAGCAGAAUACACCCUGUUAAUGUAGGGGUAUUGCAGCCAGGCCCCUCUACCUGAAUCCUUCAUCAUGUGCACAGAGGAUUUCUAGAACCCCAGACACUACACAUAUGAGGCUGUUGACUGAAUAAAGUACAGUAAUGGUUGAUGAUGUCUAGCAUUAAUGACUAACUUGCAAAUAUCUCAUGGAUGUCUGGCCAUGACUAAACAAAAUGAUUAAAUAUGAUACAAUUUCUUUAAAUUACCCACAGUUUCCAGUUACUUUUAAUACAUUGUCAAUUGAAGUUGCCAGUUUGGAACAUCUCUCAAGCCAAACAUCCCUCGGUCAGUUUCUAGAAAUUUUCUGAUGAUUUUUGCAGCCCUACUCAAUAACAGUAUCCACACCGAAGAGUGUUGUUAAUGCAAUUUUGUUGCUGAUAUGUAUGGUGCAUUCACUAAUCGGAAAAAUAUCAGAUUUUUCAGUUUCUGACCAAUAAAGCUGAAAAUUAACCAGUUACAGCCACCAGACAAUUUCUUGUGGCAUCUCUUACAAAAAGCUAAACAUAUUAGGUUGAAGUUAUUAAAUAAAGAUUUUAAAACAGAAUUCCAUAGGCAGCCAUCUAGUUUCAGCCCUGUCCUUCACUUUAAAAUUUCACCUUUCUGAAAUCUGUAGAUUUUGCUGUCUGAAUUAGGUUGCCCACACUGCUCUGUUAACUAAAACCUAUUUUCCUCGAGCAAAAUAAACAGGCACAGUUGCUUUUUUCCUUUAAUUUUCAUGCAUGCAAAACUGUAGUUGCAACGAUACACAUACAUCCUCAAGGAAACCGCGCAGGAUUCAGAAGAAGCAUAUUUAUGCAUAAAAUCGUCAUUUGUGCUCUGGUGGCAGACGAGCAUGAUGCGCUUGCCGUCUGAUUUACACAUUCUGUGCACAACGUGACAUAUUUCUAUAUACUGGCAGCCGAAACUUAAAAGAGUGGUUUGCAUCCACAAAGUCACCCACCCCCUUCCCUGUUCCCUUCUUUCUGUUUAAACUUCUCAUUGUCCCUUCAAGGCCAUUUGCCUCUCAGAGCGGUCUACUUUUCUUUCAUAUUUACCUUUAAACGUGCCGGUGCGUUUAGCCACACAGGCUCCCUCGCUGAGCUUUGCAAUCUGAGGCGGAUGUAGAUGAAUGAAACAAGCCGACAAGGUCACGGCUCUGUGAAAAAUACAAAGUGGAGAGAUAAAUUAUUAAAGAAAAAAAAAGACAGUGACAGAUUGGAGGUGAAUAAAACAGAAGGUCUAUGCUGCAGAAGCUGUAACGAAGUCAGGUAGAUGUCUGGAUGAGCUGACUGUCAUCCAUAUGAUGUCACCUAUAACAUUCUUUCACUCUAGUCAUCCAUCCAUCCAUCCAUUGUCUAUACAUGCCUCAUUGGGCAAGCAGUCUUUAGUCAUUCAUAUCCAAUUUCCAUUGAGUUGCAUGCUCCAUCUCUUAUCCUAAUCACUCAUAUUUUUGUGUUGAGUGAUGUAUCAUUAAAUGCAAUGUGAGAUGAAGAAGAAGUUGUCCAUCGAACCUUGUAACAGGGUCUCAUUCACCCAUUUGAAUAUGAUGAUUUUUGUUCUUAAUCUUCUUGUUGUAUUGUACUGUAUUUCCUGUUUUCCAUUCGUUAUUGUCAUUAAUUAGUUUAGAUUUUUCUUAAUGAGAUAGGUUGCACCCCAUGAACCUAUUCCAGUCAUUUUAGAUUUGUCUUUUUGAAAAUUUUAUUAAUAACAUUUCUUGUUAAAUUAAUUGAAAUAUUUAUGAUAUUAUCAAUACUUCUAAAAAGGACUCUUUCUGCAAAGAGAUUCUGAAUAUUUGCAUUCCUAACAUUUUCUGGGAUAAGUUACAUUCAUGAUGUAAUUAUUGUCAAGUGAGGCUCCCAGCUCUUCUUGGGCCAUUUGUUCCUGUUUUGUGUUUUCUUUUUUUCUGAAUGUAUUAAUUUUCAUUUGUUUGUGUCAUUAAAUUUGUUGUUUCAUUUUCAUUUUCA